UCGAAAUUAGACGAAGAAGAAGAACAUAUUUCUCCUUUAAGUUUUGACAUUUUGUUGGUUGAUUCACCACAUUAACAUUGUUUACGUUUUUCCAAUUAUAAACUCCCAUUUUAGUAAUUAGUAACUGGUAAAUUCUCUUAGACAAAGAUGGACCCAAAUAGCGAUGAUGAAAGUGGAAACACAAAAUCUUCAAAGCAAAGCAACGUUCUACCUUUGUGGGGAAAUGAAAGAACAAUGAAUUUAAACCCCCUUAUAUUAACGAAUAUUCAAAGCUCCCACUAUUUUAAAGUCAAUUUGUAUGAACUAAAAACAUACCACGAAGUCGUAGAUGAAGUAUAUUAUAAAGUAGCCCAUCUAGAACCAUGGGAAAAAGGAUCUCGGAGGACUUCAGGACAAACUGGUAUGUGUGGGGGUGUACGUGGUGUUGGAGCUGGUGGAAUAGUAUCUACUGCCUACUGCCUACUAUACAAGCUAUUCACUUUAAAGCUCACCAGAAAACAACUAAAUGGUCUUAUAACACACUGUGAUUCACCUUACAUCCGAGGGUUAGGCUUUAUGUAUAUUCGCUACACAAUUCCUCCGCCACAGCUACUAGAAUGGUAUGAACCCUACCUUGAAGAUGAGGAGGAGUUGGAUGUUAAGGCUGGUGGGGGACAGGUAAUGACAAUAGGAAGUAUGUUGAGACAGUGGUUGGUCAAGUUGGAAUGGUUUUCUACUUUAUUUCCCAGAAUUCCAGUUCAUGUGCAACAGAAAAUACAGAAGCACUUAGAGAGCCACUUUCCUCCUACCGCCGUGACCGUGGCAAACGAGCGGGCACGUGAAGAUCGCAUAGAGCAGCGCAGCAGAGAGCGACAGGGCCCCGUUCGCGAAGACUUGCGUCGCGAUUUUUUGCGAGACGACGACCGAGAUCGCGACGCUCGCACGCAAAGGCGCGGCGGAGGCGGCAGAGAGGAACGGAGCGGGGCCGACCGUGGCGGCGAUCGUUAUCGAAGGGACCGCGAUCGCGAUCACCGAAAGUACAAAGAAAGGAGCCCAGUCGGGGAGCGGCGCAACAGCAGAGAGAGGAGUCCUUACAGAUCGCAGCACCAUCGCAGCCAGGAGAGGGACCGCAGGCGCGAAAGAUACCACUAACGAUGUUUUCUAUAAUAAUGGAUAUUUAUAUUAACGCACUUGAAUCCUGUUUUUUUCCAAUAUGAGUAACUGUUUAUUUAAGAUAAAAUACACGAAUAUGAUAAGUAA